CCUAAUGCUUAUUAGUAAACUACCUCUAUUGGAAUAAGCAACAUCAUAAAAGGCACUUUUCAAUAAAACAAAAAUAAACUACGAAAUCUCAAAUAGUUUAAGUGUGGAGAAAGCUUACAGAUAGACAAAUGCGCUUAAAUCGAAAAGACAGUUAAGUAUAAUAAAGCAAUCCAAUGAGAGCAAAAAACAAAUACCAACAUAGAAUGAUGAAUCUAUUUUAAAAAGAAUUUAAGCAACCAAAUCAUAAUCUGAUUGCCAGAUAUUUGAGAAACUACAACAAGAAUUUGAACAGAAAUAUUAGGAACAAGUAAAUAGAGAUUUUGGUUAUUUAGGUUAGGAUUUCAGAGGAUUUAAAACUAGAAAAUGUUAAAUUAAAAAUGCAGUUAGAGGAGUAGGAAUAAUAAAUAAUUUACUUAAAAUUGAUAAAUAGUGAUUUACGAUACUAAAUAGAUAACUCUACUUUGGCAUAAUAACUAAAGAAGUUGGAGUUAGAAUAUAAGGAUACUUACAGAAGAAUGGAUGAUACUUUAAGAAAAGCAAUUGAUGAAAAUUAUGAAAGCUAAAUAAAAAUGAAAAAUUUAUAAAUAAAAUCUCAGCAGUUAGAAUAAUUUACAGUAAGAAUUAUACUAAUGAAAUAGUUUUCUUUGAGACAGCAACUUACUUGCAAAUUCUGUAGAAAGGAAUUGUAGAAUACAAUAACUGUGAUUCCAUGUGCACAUAAUUAUUGUUAGCGAUGUGUUUCUGGAUAUGUUGGGAGAUGCUUUGCUUGCAACGAUGAUGUAAUAUUUUAAUAUAUUGAAUUAGAGUGUUGUUUAGGCUACUUAUCACAAUGAAUAUAUUAGCGAUUUAAUAAAUAUGUAUAAAAUAUUUGAGAAUAUUAUGAUUAUAUUAAAAACUUGA